AUGGAUUACAGCUACUACGCUUCUGCCCACCCCCACCAGGCCUAUCAGUUCUAUGGCCUUCAACAUCCCCAGCCUGGAGCGCCAACCGCUGAGCAGUUUCAAGAUGUCCCGCCCAUGCAGCAGCAAAAUGGGUUCCAGACGUUCCAGCCCUAUGGCUUUGAGCCUUCUGUGCACGGCGGCCAUCAUGUCCCCGAUAUCCUGCCUCCCGAACCAUUUCGGACUGAGUUCCUAGACCCUACAAGUCAUGAUUCGAGUGACAACAAGCUGACAGACUCGUCUGUUCUUCAUCCUUCUACUGCGACGGAGAACAGUGAUGAGCCCAUACUGGAUCCUGCGCAGAACCAGCGUAGUAGUAGUGAGGAAAAGGACAAUUUGACGCCAGCACAGAGUCGUCGAAAGGCACAAAAUAGAGCUGCCCAAAGAGCUUUCCGUGAACGCAAAGAGCGUCGUGUACGAAACCUGGAGCAAGAGCUCACUGAAUACAAACAGAAUAUGAACUCUCUCCUCGAAGACAACGAAUGCCUCAAGCGUCAGAUAGCUAAAGUUGCCACUGAAAACGAGAUCCUUCGUGCCACAUCCUCUGCCAACCGUUGCUCUGAGGGCCACCGCGAACCCUCACCCGUCACUACAGGCCCCAUGAGAUACUCGCCCACUGAUUACCCCCUCCCAACCCAUCACAAGAAAUCCACUCCCGUUCAUCGCAUCAGGGUUCAUGAGACGACGGGCGAGAAGCUCUUAGACGCCUCAGCUACGUGGGAUCUCAUUGUGAACCGUUUAGCGGAUGAGAAAGUUCGAGUUGAUGUGCAGGAUAUCUACAAUCGGCUGAAAGGCCAUGCUAUAUGUGACGGCACUGGGCCUGUGCUUGAGGAAGCACGUGUCAAAAGAGCGAUUGAAGAGAGUAUCGCUGCAGGAAAGGAUGAACUUAUCUAA